AUGCGGGCUGUCAUCGUGGGGGAUGGGGGCUGCGGGAAGACGUCGCUGCUGGUGGCCUUCGCAAGGGGGGACUUCCCCAAGGUCUACGUCCCUACUGUGUUUGAGAAGUACACGGCCUCGCUCCAGGUUGGUGGCAAGCCCAUGAAGAUCCACCUCUGGGACACAGCAGGACAAGAAGACUACGACAGGCUUCGCCCACUGUCCUACUCUGACGCCAACGUUGUCCUCAUUUGCUUUGACAUCACCAACCCCAGCAGCUACGACAACAUCCUAACGAAGUGGUACCCAGAGGUGAACCACUUCUGCAAGGGUGUCCCAGUGCUGCUGGUGGGCUGCAAGACUGACCUGCGGCAGGACCAGGAGGUGCUGAGCAAGCUGAAGGAGGGACGCCUGGAGCCCAUCUCCUACCAGCAGGGAGAGGCCAUGGCCCGGCAGAUCCAUGCGGUGUCCUACUUUGAGUGCUCGGCCAAGUAUCAGAAGAAUCUGGUGGACAUCUUCACAAAGGCCUGCAGUGCCGCCCUCAGCGCCACCCAACGGAGACAGCGCAGGAGGAGAUCCAGGAGGGGCUGUGUGCUCUGCUGA